AUGGCAAAACGUUUUGAACGUCAACUGGAUAAAGCCACCGAUUCCACACUUAUUGAUCCAAACUGGGAUGCCAUUAUCGAAUGUGUUGACUUGAUACGUGGAGGAGAAGUGCCCGUAAAAGCUGCCGCAGCUGCAAUUAAGAAGAGGUACCAUAACGAAAAUCCACAUGUGGCUCAUCAUGCACUACUCGUCCUGGAAGCGUGCAUGAAGAAUUGUGGUGUCAAGUUUCAUGCUGAAAUUGCAACAAGGGAUUUCAUGGAAGAUUUGAAGAAUCUCUCGCUAGAUACAACACCAGAUAAGGUUAAAAACAAGAUACUGGAAUUGCUGCAGUGUUGGGCUUUGGCUUUCAAAAAUAAACCCGAGUAUAAAAUUGUAGUCGAUACCCACAAUUUAAUGAAGUUAGCCGGUUUUGAUUUUCCGCAUGUUGCGGAGGCAGAUGCAAUGUUCAUUGCGGAAAGCGCACCGGAGUGGGCAGACGGAGAGGAAUGUUUCAGAUGUCGAACAGCUUUUGGGAUCAUUACACGUAAGCAUCACUGCCGUGCUUGUGGACAAAUAUUUUGCGAUAAGUGCAGCAGCAAACAAAGCUUUUUGCCGCAGUACGGUAUUGAAAAACAGGUAAGAGUUUGUGAUGGAUGCUAUGAGAAGACGGCAGCAAAAAAGACUGGUGUUAGUUGCUCACAAAGCUCAGCACCGGCGUCAUCCAAAGCUGAUAAGUCUUUGUCCGUUGAUGCGCGAAAAACAGCUGAGCAGCGGGCUCGUGAAUUAAAGCAGGCUGAGGAGGAUGAAAUUAAUUUGGCUAUUGCACUGAGUCAAUCAGAAGCAGAAGCACAAGAACGUGAAAGACAACGUCGUCUUUAUGAAUUGUAUAACGGUACUGAUACUCUAAACGGUGUUAAAACUAACGGAACUGCUUAUGACGGAGAGCUGAAUAAAUCGGUUUAUAAGGGUGCAGCGCCUUCUAUUGAAAGUGAUACACCGGUGUCAUCGGGUGUUGCUUAUGUAGACCCAGAACUGGCGAGAUAUUUAAACCGAGAUUACUGGCAACAGAGAAAAAAUGAACAACGAAACGCGAUAGCAGCAGUGGUGGCGGGUGACGAUCAGCAAAAAAUACCAACGCCAACUGCACCACCACCGAGCGAAUCAUCUCGUUGUGCUCCUAGUCAUGAUCACGAUGGUGGUGUUUCACUUGUCGCACCUUCAUUUGUUUCAACUACAAAGCAGCUCGAAAGUGAUCCUGCCGCAGCAUCUCAUUUUAUUAGUACUGAAGAGGAAGAAACAGCAGAAACAAUGGAAUUUUGUCGGCAGUUGGUGGAACAGGUUACUGUUAUGGAUAAUCGAAUUCGGUCCAACGUUGCUCGAAAUCGUUCUGUUGUCAACGACACUGCAAUACAGUCAUUAUUCAUACGCUUGACCGAAAUGCACGCCCAAGUAAUGGCGCGCAUGAACAAGCUAGAGGAACAAAGAAAUCAUUUUGAAUCUCUUCAAGAUAGUUUAUCUCACAUCCAGGAAGCUAGACAAGCCAUAGAUGCUCUCAGGGAGGAUCAUGAACGCCAAAAGCAGGCAAGAAUUAUGGAGGAACAACGUCUGAAACAGAUACAGAUGCAGCAGAAGGUGGAUUUGAUGAGGCAGAAAAAGCAUGAGAUGAUAUUGCAUCAACGCCAAAUGGCACUUUUACGCUUCCAGCAACAGGAACAGGAAAUGCAAAUGAAACGAAUGCAAAUGAUGGGACAAAGUAUUCAAAUGAAUCCUGCUAAUCAAACCACGGAAAUGCAUUAUAGUCAGAUGAUUGUAGAACCUAAUCAAGGUACCAUACAAGGAAAUGGCGUUCCCUGUGGUUAUUCGCCAGAUACAUAUGUUGGUCAGGCCCAAUUAAGUUACGGUAUUCCAAUGGCGGCACAGAAUUAUCCAUCUGGUGCGCAUAUGGCGCAGGAUAAUGCGGUAGCUGCGACAGUUAAGCAGGGUUCGAACAUUGCAAAUUAUGCACCAAUUCAACCGUAUGCUGAUCAGGUUUCGAUAGACGUACAGCGGCUACAAGAGCAGCAACAGUUUUUCAAAUCAGAUGUGCCAACAUCGAAUUAUCAGUUGAGCGUCUGUCAGAAUUCAGUACAACUUCUUGCAGCCAGUAAUACCCCAGCUUACAGUGUUGCUUCCUUACAGUCUUCCAUAUCACGAGCUUAUCCCGGGUAUCAGCAACCAGUGGAACAGUCUGUUGUUACACUUGCAGAUGGACAACAGCAGCAGCAACUUCAGGCUGUUUCAGCUAAUGUUGGUCACCAAAGACUCGGUCCUCAGGAACAGCAGAAGCCUAGUUUUGUACCAUCAACGACAAUAUCGACAGCUCCAAGCCAACACAUUAAUCAGAUGAUGCAACCUUUUCCACCGUAUUCCCUGCCAAAUGGAAUGAUAUCGGAGCACUCCGCCCAAAACAUGCAUUAUCCAACUCAGUCUCAAGCGAAUGGAGAACCGCAAUCACAGCCAAUAGCGCAGCCAGCUGAAGAGCUCCUUAUUUCAUUCGACUGA